AUGGCUUCAAAUGUUGUAGUUUUACUUCCCAAUGCUAAAAGGCAAACUGUAAAGACGACACCUACGAUGCCGUUAAAACAGAUCGUCAACGCUGUUUGUGAAAAACAGGGGUAUACGGACAUAGAGUCUUAUGGGUUAAAGCUAAACAAAAAGACUCUCGAUCUUGGACUUUCUAUGAGAUUUGCCAAUCUUGCGCCAGGUGCAAAACUAGAGCUUGUCAAAGUUUCUGCAACGAAAGCUCAGAAGGAUGUUCAGAUUGCCUUGCAAUUAGAUGACGGUGGAAGAAUGAUUGAGAAGUUUCCAAUUACGACAUCUAUUUGGGAUAUAAUACUUCAUUUUGAGAGAACGUCUGCUAAUGGGUCUUUAAACCUUACGAGACGAACAGCACCAGCACCCCCAAAAAAAGGAUUCUCGCUGAAAAAAUUUAGUAAAUCGAGCGAAACACAAUUUUACCAGCAACCCGUGUGUUUAAUAUUAAAUCGAGAGUAUGGGACCAUAUCGUUACUGAAAUCCACAACUUUGCAAUCUGCUGGAAUCACAUCAGGAAAUGCUGUAUUACGACUUCUGUUUAGACAAACUGAAUUUACUUUGGAUGAUGUUGUAAAGGAUAUUGAAGCAUCACCUCCAAAAGAACUGACCGAUACUGUACUCACGCUUGAUAAACAUCAGAAGGAGUCAAUUGAUACUAUGAAUGUUUCUGAUGAACAACAGAAGGAGCUAAUUGAUACUAUGAAUGUUUCUGAUGAACAACAAAAGGAGCCAAUUGAUUCUACGAAUGAUCUUGAUGAACAGCAAAAGAAGCCAAUUGAUACUACUAUGAAUGAUCCUGAUGAACAAUCGAAGGAGCCGAUUGAUACUAAUAUGAAUGAUCCUGAUGAACAACCGAAGGAACCAAUUGAUACUACUAUGAAUGAUCCUGAUGAACAACCGAAGAAGCCAAUUGAUACUAUGAAUAGUCCUGAUGAACAACCGAAGGAACCAAUUGAUAUUACUAUGAAUGAUCCUAAUGAACAACCAAAAGAACAGAUUGAUACUGUAGGACAUUUUGAUCGUGAUAUAAAAGUGUUUAACCCACCACCAGAAAAUGCAUUGAUGUCAAAUCAAAUCGAUCUUCCUGACUCUUUCUAUGAAUUGACUGCGGCUGAACUGCAAUAUUUACUGGCAAAACAAACCCUUAAACAUAAAAGGGAAGAGAGUGCAGGGUUCAAGACUAAUGCCAUGCGUGCUCAAGAAGAAAAAGCAAGGGAACGCAAAUACCCAAAGACGUUAAUCAGGGUCAAAUUUCCUGAUAGUUUCCAAUUACAAAUUGCCUUCUUAUCUAAGGAACAUGGUAUUGUUACAUUGGCAUAUUAUAAAAUGUGUGGAGUUAUAG